AUGACACGCCAAAAAAAGUUUAAAAACCAUGGCGGCAUCCGGGACGUCGCAAACUCGGGCUUCGUCGUCGUUGCAAUAGACGGCAUGGGCACCAACUGGCGCUCCAAGGCCUUUCUCGACAUAUUCUACAAGAACCUCGAAGACGGCGGCUUCCCCGACCGGAUCCGAAGGAUACGCGCCGCCGCCGCCGCCGCCGCCGCCGCCGCCGCCGUGCUCCACCACGGCGACUUUUACUGCGCUGCGUGCGCCGUGGCCGGCACGCACGACAACCGCGCGGCCAACGCAAAGUGGGCCGAGAUGUACAUGGGGUGGCCGGUCGACGCGAGCUACGCGGAGAACUCGAAUGUGGUGCACGCGGCGAAGCUGAGUGACGGCGCCGCGCUGAUGCUCGUGACGGGGAGCGCUGGACGAGGUUGUGGACCCGGCGGCGACGAUGCAGCUCGCGCACGCGCUGAUCCAGGCGGACAGGGACUUUGA